ACGUCAACAUGGUUGAGUGGACAGCCGAAGAGCGCGCAGCUAUCCAGGACAUUUUCAACUCACUUGAUUACGAAGAUGUUGGUCCCAAAGCCCUGCAGAGGUGCUUGAUCGUUUACCCUUGGUGCCAGCGGUACUUUGGAGGGUUCGGGAACCUGUACAAUGCAGAGGCAAUUCUGUCCAACCCCAUGGUUGCAGCACACGGCAUCGUUGUGCUCCACGGUCUGGACAGGGCCAUGAAGAACAUGGAUGACAUUAAGCAAACUUAUGCUGAGCUGAGCGUGCUGCACUCCGAGAAACUGCAUGUGGAUCCUGACAACUUCAAACUGCUUGCCGACUGUCUGUCUGUUGUAAUUGCUGGGAAGAUGGGCACCAACUUCACACCUGAGAUCCAGGCUGCGUGGCAGAAAUUCCUUUCCGUUGUGGUCUCCGCUUUGGGCCGACAGUACCACUAAAUGUUUUCUCCCCAGGCAUAACUAAAUGCGUUGUCCUUACCAUUGAAACCAAU